AUGAUGCAAGAUGAAUCUCCUCUUGGAGAUAGCCAAACUGACUCAACGGCUGCCACAAGAACUUCAAAGCGCCUUCUCCUAAAUGAAGAAUACAUCAAGCGUGGACAGACACGCAGGGGCACCAUUUAUGGUCUUGGCAAUUUCCAGUACACUAACAAGCGUCCUUCUGAGUCUGUCCCUGCUGCACUCAAGCGAGACAUAAACGUGGAGAAGAGGGUUUCUGGCCUGGAGACUGAGUUGCAUGCUUUGAAAACUGACUUCAAUGAAGGCAAUGCUAGAACUCAGGCAACUCUUGACAUGAUUCUGCAACUUCUUCAGCCUCAAGCUUCUUCUGCACAAGCAAGUCACUCUCAGCAUCGCUCUCCCUCUCAUUCUGCAGCUCCACCUCAAGGUCAAGCUCAACCUGAAGGUCACG